AUGGAGGCAACGCUGCGCAAGAAGACCAGCGUCAAGGAUACCACAGGAACCAUCAACAACAACCACGUGUUGGAACCGCUGCAGACGUUGCACCAAUAUGCAGAGUUGUUGGACAAGGCUCACCACCACUACAACCAAGGCAAGUACAAGGAUGGCGUGAUCGUGUGUGAGCAACUGUACGAGGCCGACGCGGCGCGCACGGACAACCUGUUGUUACUUGGCGCGUUGCAUUUUCAACUGCGCAACUUUUCCGAAGCCAUUUUUUACAACCAGCAAUGCAUCCGCAUCGACCCGCACUUCGCCGAAGCAUUUGGCAACCUUGGCAACGCCCUCAAAGAGAUCGGCGACAGCCAAGGCGCGAUUCAGUUCUACUUGCGCGCCAUUAAACUCAACCCCCGCUUUGCAGACGUGUACAACAACCUCGCGACCAGCUACAUGCAACUGGGGGCCACCCACGAAGCGAUUGAAACGUACAAAAUGGCUCUGGUCCUUGAUCCGUGCUUGGUGGACGCACAUAGUAACUUGGGCAAUUUGUACAAAGCCCAAGGCCUCUUUGAAGAUGCCACGACAUGCUUCACCAACGCCAUCCGCGUCAAGCCGACUUUUGCGAUCGCUUGGAGCAACCUCGCGGGGCUGCUAAAGGACGAGGGCCAACUUGACAAGGCCAUCGACCACUACAAGGAGGCGAUUCGACUGGCGCCCGACUUUGCAGACGCGCACAGCAAUCUCGGAAAUGUGCUCAAAGAGUCCGGUCAGACCAGUGCUGCGAUUGAGGCAUACAAGACGGCGAUCGCUCUGCGUCCUGAAUUUGCUAUUGCGCAUGGCAACUUGGCGAGCAGUUAUUUUGACGCGAACCAAGUGGAAUUGGCCAUUGCUACUUAUCGCACGGCGAUUCAACUCGAGCCCAACUUCCCCGACGCGUACAAUAACCUUGGCAACGCGUUGCGGGACAUUCGACAGCUGGAGCAAGCAAUCAGCUGCUACCGCACGGCACUCCGACUCAAGCCAGACCACCCGCACGCGUACAAUAACUUGGGCAAUGCGCUCAAAGACAAGGGAAUGAUCAAGGAGGCGAUUCACUGCUACAUGACUGCCGCCAGGCUCAUGCCUCGGUUUGCAGCGGCGCACUGCAACUUGGGCAGCAUCUUGAAGGAGCAAGGCAAAGUGGAGCAGGCGUUGGCACAUUUUCAAGAAGCGGUGACCAUCGACCCAACGUUUGCAGAUGCGUACAGCAAUAUGGGCAAUGCGUACAAGGAUCUACUCCGGCUAGAUGAUGCGAUUGCUUGCUAUAGCACUGCGAUUCGACUGAAACCGAGUUUUGCAGACACGUACAGCAACUUGGCUAGUGCGUAUAAAGACGGGGGUCGCAUGGAAGAAGCGCUCACUUGUUUUCGAAAAGCAUUGAGCUUACGACCUGACUUUCCCGAAGCGUUUUGCAAUUAUGUGCAUUCGUUGGCGGUGGUGUGUGACUGGCGAAGUCGCACAGAGGUACAAUAA